AGCAUUCAUUCUUCCUCCAAGUAUCAUUAAACACGACAAAUUGUUCUGUUCAACUUUAACCGGAAACACGUUAUGUUUCAUGUAAUUAUUGUUAUAUAAUAAAAAUAAUAACGAAAAUGUCAGAAGUGAUUGUUGAACCACUUACUGGACCAUAUAGUCUUGGUGAAGGUCCUCAUUGGGAUUGCAUUUCUCAAAAUCUGUAUUUUGUUGAUAUAUUCGCCCAAAAAGUAUUUAGAUUUGACCCUGCAACAGGUAGUAUUACAUCUGCUUUCAUAGAAAAUGGACCAGUUGGAUUUGUUAUUCCCAUUGAAGGCAGUACCAAUAAAUUUGUUGCUGGAUCUGGUUUAGAUUUUGUACUGUUUUCUUGGAAUGAAAACAAAGAUCUUGUAAAAUGUACACCUCAAGUAUUAUCUACUGUGGAGAGUAAUAGAAUAGAAACCAGAUGGAAUGAUGGAAAAGCAGAUUCUUCUGGAAGAUUGUGGGCUGGAACAAUGGGUUUUGAGAAAGAUGGUGUUUUUCCAUCUAAUGUGGGGUCUCUUUAUUCUAUUGGUAAUGAUCUUAUAUUUAAAAAACGAGUAACUCCUGUAUCUAUAAGUAAUGGGUUAGCCUGGAAUUCUAAUAAUGAUACACUUUAUUACAUUGAUUCACUUACCUAUCAGAUUAUGGCAUACAAUUAUGAUUCUCAAACAGGCACCAUAUCAAAUAAGAAGACUGUAUUUGAUCUUCAAAAAAAUAAUAUUCCUGGAUUACCAGAUGGUAUGACUAUAGAUACAGAUGAAAACCUUUGGGUAGCUGUAUUUGGUGGAGGUGGUGUUCUCAACAUAAACCCGAAAACGGGUAAAUUGUUGCGCUUUGUUAAGAUUAACAAUGUCAAGAACAUAACUAGUGUUACUUUUGGUGGUCCUAAUCUUGAUAUUUUGUAUGUAACAUCAGCGAACAUUGGAUUAAAUGAGAAUGAAUUAAAGGACCAACCACAUGCUGGUUAUCUAUUUGCCAUCAAAGGUUUAGGUGUCCGUGGUUUUCCUGCAAAUUCAUUUAAACUACCAAAGAUAGUUUGUAUGUAGAUAUUUAUAGAUACAUAUACGUAUUUAUCUAUAGGUAUACGUAUAAAUAUUUAAAAUAUGUACAAAUAUAUAAAACACAUUUUUUAAAUAUUAAAUUACUAGAAUAAUGAAUGACAAAGGUUAUAGAUUACAUAUAUAAAAGUUACAUUUGUUGUAAGUUUUGCAAGGAAAUAAACUUUA